AUGAAGAGACUAUUUGGCAAGAAAAAGAAGGCUGCUACAACAGCACCCGAAUCACCAUCAUCCAGUAACAGACCCUUUCAGCCGGUAACAUCAUCAUCUCAAACAAAAUCACAGCAAAGCUUGUCCGUCAAACCAGCAUAUCUGAAUCUGCAAGAGUUCACACUUCCUCCCCAAGCAUACUCCGUAUUCGCAACCGCGCGGGACGAAGAGAUUCAUCUAGAUCGAUGUCGUCGCUGUUCCAAUGUGUUCGUACACACGUUCAUGGAAUGGACCACCAAGAUCAUAGCAGGAAUACCACCGCCGCACCAUGAGUACACAGCCAUAUCGUACGUCUGGGGCGACUAUAUUCUGCUCCCUCUCAAAUGCACCAAUUGCAAAACAAAAUUCCGCAUCCCCAUGCACAGCGCAUACCGGUUUCGCCGGCUGAUGAUGAUGACGGCCAACUCCGGCGACACGGUCUGGUUGGACGCGCUAUCAAUCGACCAGGAAGACGACGAGGAGAAAGCAAAAGUACUAGCCGUGAUGGGCGACAUCUACAGUCGCGCAAAGACGGUGGCCGUAUUGUUUCCCGAAGGCGACCGCGACGGGUUCCACCUUGUCUACGACCUGACUCAAGCCGCGACAGCGAUCAAUAACAACAAACUCGAGUUCUCACAGUCAGGACAGGACGGACACCCUGACACCCGACUUCAGGAACUGAGUAAAGUCUGCGCCGACUUUUAUGGUAUGCUGGACCAGCUCGACCUGACCCUAUAUCGGUAUACAUACUGGCGACGCGCGUGGACGUUCCAGGAAUGGGCGCUGGCGCGCAACCUCUCCAUCACCUGGGAGGGCGGGAUGCCGCUGAACCUGGUGCCGGUAAAAACCACGAUCCUGCACGCCGCGACUCUCACAGCCGUGUAUGCCUUUUCUCAGGGCGCCUACGCCACCAUCAAAAUGGGGUUCCCGCAGGCCGCAGUGCCAGGCAAGUUCGAGACGUUGAGACGACUGUUUCCCGACGAAGAAGCAUUCAAUCCUCCAGGCAUGGUGGAUGAGAAACAACUUGUUUUUGACAUGUUGAUGUCCAGCAUGAGUUUCGGCAGCGCCUUGGGUCUGCGAGCGGCAAAGGGGCGCGAUCUGUCAAGGCUGGCGGACCCGGAGCCCGUUCACGAGCUGUAUGACCUAAGGCCGGGUCUUCCUUUGUCGGCGGAAGAAAGGUUUCGUCACAGAUUGUGCAUGGCCCUGCACAGUUUCGGCAUGUCGAAGCGCGAAGCCCGCUAUGAAGCCGACCUAGUCAAUUGCUGGGCGUCCAUGUGCAAUAUCAGGUGCCGCUACAAUGUGCACGAUAGCUACGCUGUUGCAUUGCAGGAGAUGCUGCAUAGUUUGAGAACGAACCAUGGUGUGCAAGUAUUCAAUUUCCAUGUCACUACCUCGGGAGCCAGUGGCGAAGUCGACACUUUGUUCCAAGAGUAUGCCCGUCCCCACGACCAGUGCAAUGCCAGGGGAAAAUUCAAUGAUGUCCCCAUCUUCUCUGGCAGAGCUGAUACGGCUGUCCAUCUCCGGCUCGCGAUUGAAAAGCCAUUGGUCCUGCCGCGCCUCACUGGGUCUGGUGUGCAACUUCGCAAGAUAAAGGGUGCUGCUAUCGAGUUUGUAGUGCCGUUGACAAAUAAAGAGGAAGUGCUUUAUCAUAUGAGUACCGCCGUCUCCGGCACCGCAGAUCAGUUUGUCUUUGGCAAUGUUCUGUCCAAUAUUUCCGAUGUUUUGGAAGUUGCCUCGCUUGACAGUUUGCAGCGCAGCUCGCUGGUUAUUGUCAGUAUCCCGCUCCUCUCGGACUCGCCGGAUGCAAAUGCGAAAUAUCAGGAACUCGGCGGUCUGGUCGUCUGGGCUGUGGUACCUACUAUUGGUCUAAAUGGUAGUUUCGUCGCAAGAGAAAGCCUCAAUGGGACUCUUGUACUGGCUGGACCAGGUCCAGACAAUGCGGGAGACGGUAGGGGCAAUGGGCAGUGGGCCGUGCUUGCGUACCUUACCUUGACGGAUCACCAGAGUGGUACAUUGCUUCUCCCUGUUGAUGUCCACGGUUUGGAUUGUCCGUGUCCCGCGGACCAUGGCGUCGGGUACAUGAACCUCACGCUCAAGUCGCCUGUCCGCAGAGGUGUCGUCAACGGAGCUCUGCUGGACGACCGGAUUAUUCGAGGAGUUGUUCGCUUCGAACCUGCAAGUUGCACGGCUUAUUGA